AUGGAUACUCGUUCAUUCAUCGAUGCUAAAAUCGCUGCAAAGCCUAUUCUUCUGAUUGGAAAAUCUUGCGAUUCUCUCACUAAAUAUGUAGAAAAAUACAUCAAUGACAACGGUAUUGCUAGAUCACGGCCCGGCUUUUUUGAGACACUUUACAUCGACGGUAGACAAGAUGUAUCAGUCAUCGACACUUACAUUUAUCAGAAGUGGUUAACGAAAUGUAGGACUGCUCCCCAUCUCUUUAUAAAUGGUAUAUAUAUAGGAGGAGGCAUGGACUUAAUCACGCAAAUCCGACAGGGUAUACUGGAGCGCAUAUUGAAUUCUAUAUUUGAGUAG